AUGUUGAAAACUUGUCCUGAUCCUGUAGAUGUAAAUGAUAUUCAAUUCAAAUUACACUGCAGUCUGAAGAUUUUCGAUAAUAGUAGUAUUGAAACAUUUCAAAACAAUCACAGUUUAAUUUCUUGUGCCAGUCGUUAUGGUCUGUUAUUUGCUGGAUCAAAUUCACCAUGUUUAAAGGUUAUUCAAGUUAAGACUGUAGAAAAUUUCACCCACAAAGAUAAAGAAAUUUCAAAAUUUCCAAGAAGAACUAUCCCCUUACCUUCUCCUGCUAAACAUGUAUCUGUUAAUUGUGACAGCACACUAUUAGCAGUGGUUAUACAAAGAGACAAUUGUCCUGUUGUUAUUUUUUAUGAUGUUUUAUCAUUCUAUAAACAAAAUGUAGUAGUUGUAAAGGAGGUAAGACUGUCUGCAACACCAGGAACCUUCAUUACUGAAGUGGGUUGGAAUCCAGCAAUACCAGGGAUAUUUACAGCCUGUAAAAAUGAUAAAAUCUUGGUGUUUACAAACUUAAAGGCAGUUCUGUAGAAAUUAAUGAACUACCAGCGGCUGCAGGCAGCUUGAGUUUCAGUUGGAGUCCCAAAGGAAAGCAAAUUGCUGUAGGUUCUAAAACUGGCACCAUUGUUCAAUACAAGCCAGACCUAAAAGCUGUUCGCAAAAUUGAGGCACCCCCUUUCGAAAUUGCUCCUUCUCUAAUAUCUUUAUGUUGGUUUCGAAUUUCCAAUUUAUCGGAGUUUAUCAAUUUCCGGAUGAGGCUAAGCUAAUUGUGGUAGACGCUCCAAAGACUGGAGAAACCAGUUACACAAACUAUGAUGACGUUUGUUAUAGUGGAUCCACCAGAAUUUCUCAAUUUUACCUAAUAUUUAUACUCACAGCAUUGGAAUCUUUUAAUGAUAGCUUCCUCGAAUAGUAUGGAGCUUGGUUUACUAGGUGCAGUUUCUGAAUUCUGGACUCAGUGGAAUGUACCAGAUUUUGCUCGUGCAGAAUUACCAUUGGGCUCUGAUAAACAAGAGACACUUCCUGUAGGAAUGGCUUUAGAUAUAAGCAACACUAAACCAUUGCCUUGGGGUGAAGGAAUCAAACCGCCAUGUCCUUAUUUGCUUCUAUUGAGCCAUACUGGAGUUCUCUAUUUCUAUAAUUUAGUUAAUUUGAAGGAAGGUAUUCCUAGUAUAAAUAGUCCUCCUGAUAUUAUUGCUGACAACAGUGGACUUGCACAAUUUGUAUUAGAAACUCAACAAACCGAAGUUCCAGGUACACCUCCAAAAUCACAACCCUUCUCGUUUGGAAACGUUGGACAGCCAGUUGCAGUUGCUCAACCUUUAAUUCCAGCCGCACCUGCCAAAGUUAUACCGCAAACUUCCCAACCCAGUUUUGAUAUAAUCAAGCCCAUAGUAACUCAGCCGACUCCACCUUUUGGGCUACCGCAAGGAUCGGCAUCUGCAGGUCCAUCAUUAUUCGAUAAAUCCGUUGGACCACAAGUUAGCAUAACUCCUGUAAUAAAACAGCAACCACAAAUAAGCGCGCCUUCGAUUUUUGGCGGUGCUAUUACGUUGACACCUGUUAAAUCACAACCGCAAAAUGUUGAAACCAGCGAGAAAUACUCUGCAAUUUACUCUGCUUUAAAAGCUCCCAGCAUGAUUCCCGCUCCAGCAGAUCCCAGACCAAUACUGAUCGCUACGAAGCAAGAAGGUCAACCAAUUAGUGCACACCCAGUUUUAACAGAUCCUAGAUCUGCUACAAUACCAGAACUCGUGGCUCCAGAACCUAUAAAAUUUCCCACGGCGGAAGCUCCAAGGGUUAUCGUUACUCCGAAGACUACAAAGAAUGUUGCGCAUGAUGUUCAGAAAACUACCACGCCACAAAUUCAAAAGACUGAUGUAGAUCCUAAAUUAGCUAUAGACGAACAAGUCAAAGGUGAGACUCAAGCUCUCUUAACCAAAAUGGUAAAAGAUGAAUGUUUAGCCUUGGAAUCGGAAUUAAAGGCUUUGUUACAUCAAGGAAGAAAGAUCAAUGUUAAUAUCGGAAGUGAAAGCGAAAAAAUGAUGAUGAUAAAAGAGUUGCAGGAUUUACAAGAAUUUGUUAAGGAAAUUGUAGAUGUUAGUUUAGGAGAAAGUGCAGAGGUUCAUUCGUUAAAACAAAACCUAGUUUUGUCAUGGGCUUGGUACGAAGAAGCUUUAUCUAGAUACAAUCUAUCCAAAGACGAAACAAUGGGAUUGAUUUUAAAGAGCCAACCACUCGAUUCUGCAACGGAAAAACGACAGUCCGAUAUUAAAAAAAUAAUUUAUUAUUUGGAUUCUCAAUUAUCGCAAGCCAGCAAAGCAUUAGAUGAACAGUGGGACAAUUUUCAGGAAUACACAAAAAAAUCGUAUAGAGUACAAAUGCCAACUAUGGAAGCCAUUUUUCAAACUAUGGUGAGACAGGGUGCACUUUUACAAAAACAGAACUACAUUUUAAAAGAUAUAAGCAACAAUGAAAACCUAAAAAAAAUAUCUAAGGACACGUCUUCCCUCUUCGUUGGAUUAAAAAAGAUCGAGGAUCUUAAGUAUCUUCGGUUGGAUUCAGAUGAUGACUACCGCAUUCUACGUGAGCAAAUACUUGAUAGAAACAAAAAAUUAACUUCAACAAAAACGCAGAAACUUCGAGAUUUCCUCAAACAUAGAGAUAUUACCCAUGUUACAGCUGCUAGACCUAAACUUAACAACUCUUUAAUAAACUCACCCGCUGUUAGGAAGAGUCAUUCUUUUUCAAUACUAGGGGCUGAAAUGUCGCCUGUAAUGAAACCAGCUGUCGUUAAAAAUCUUAAAUUUUCUGAAUCGACUCCUUUGAAAGUUAUGCAAGAUAUAAAACCGACAUUGGUUCCUCCAAAUACUCCAGCCCAACCGGAACCUUCUAAAACUUUCACGUUUAAAAGCUUGGAUAAAAAUGUACUUCCGCCCAAUGUUAACACUUAUUAUCCAGUGACAAAAAAUCUUUUAAGCAAUUUAACUCAAACUCCAAUCUCUUCAGCUUUUGUUCCCACCACACAAGCUACUAAAAAUUUUACCUCAGCGGCACCUUCAACUGCAGCAGUUGAAUCGUCUCCAAAUCAAACGCCAGCCCAAUCUGUAUACCCCAAUUUGUCCCAAUAUACUUUUGAUAGUACCAGUACAAGUAUGAAACCUGAAAUAUCCAUUUCCAGUCAAGGAAAAGUUCCUUUUAGUUUUAAACCAAAUGUUGAUUUAAAUAAUUCGGAAAAAAAAGUAGCAGAGGUGUCUUCAGAGUUAUCGUCACAAAAUACUGCAGCCCAGAGUUUCUUUUCAUUUGGAAAAUCCGCUAGUUUAGCUGUUACAACUGCUAGUUCGCAGAAUAUAGCAAUAUCAACUUCUUCAAAGUCCUUAUUAGGAACACCUGGCACAGUUGAUACUGCGGCACCUAAGCCCAAUUUCUUUAAUACGGCUCCAUUGACUAUACUCCAAUCAACAACUUCUACUGCGGUACAACUUCCUCAAACUUCUUCUAUAACAAACGUUUCUAAGCCAAGCACAUCUUUAAUGAAUUUAGGUUCUUUAAAUACUACUUCAAUGCCCUUAACUACAACAACUACGUCAUUGUUUGGUUCAAUUAGUUCUCCUUCUGUUUCAACACCCUUAUUCGGCACAAAGCCACUUACAUCCUCAACUAAAAUGCCUUCCUUUGGUGAUGUUAAAUCAACAGCAGAUGGUGGUAGCUUACAUUCAACGACAGACGAAUCUGCUAUUAGUAGUACAACUGCUACCAGUACUACAUCCAUAGGUGUAUUAAAAACGACUGGAGCACCGUCCAGUUCUUCCGUUUCUAUUAGCGCAAGUAAAUCAGGAUUUACUCCAGUCGUCAGCAGUACUUCUAUAUUUGCGCCCGGCAAUGCAAUUUCUACCAAAGUGGGAUCCCUGUUUAGCUCGAUACCUCCAGCAACCUCAAUAAAGUCGACUUUUAAUACUACUACAACUGCAUCAAUUUUUUCGACUAUAUCUUCAAGCUCAAGUGGCGUACCAAUAAGCAGUAAAAAUUCAAUUUUUGACAAAACUGAAACCACACAAGGUUCUGUAUUUACUAGUACCGCAACAGUCACUGAAUCGUCUAUAUUUGGAAAUACUGGAUCUACUACACAGCCUUCGUUUUUUGCUACUAAACCUACUGUUCAGUCAUCUUCUCUCUUUGUUACACCAGUAACUACUCAAUCUUCUACUGUCGAAACACCAAAAUCGACACAAGCUUCUGUAUUUGGAACUACAACUACACAAUCGUCUAUUUUUGCAUCUCCAUCAACCACUCAGUCUUCAUCAAUUUUUUCACCAGCUAGUACUCAGUCUCCUCUCUUUAGUACUCCGACUACCACCAAAUCGUCCAUUAGUACCUCAGAAGCUCCUACUCAAGUAUCUCUUUUUAGCAAUGCAGCAACCACCCAACCUUCAAUUUUUGCUUCACCAGCUUCUACACAAUCAUCUCUUUUUUCUACGCCAACGACCACUCAGUCGUCUAUUUUUGCUUCACCAGCUACCACUCAACCCUCGCUUUUUAGUACGCCAACCACCACACAGCCUUCUUUAUUUGGUGCUCCAACAACUACUCCAGGAACUAUAUUUGGUACGACAACAUCUACUACAACUUCUACUUUUGGUAUGCCAACAACUACUUCAUCAUCUGCUUUUGGUGCAUCAUCAACUAAUCCUUUGGCAGCUUUUGGUUCACCUUCAAUUACUGCACCUGCAGCAUUUGGUGCUCAAAAUACAACGCAAUCUUCUAUUUUUGGUGUUACCACAACUACACAGUCUUCUAUUUUUGGUACUCCAAGCACUACUCAACCAUCAGUUUUUGGUACUCCCUCCACGACUUCUACAUCUGUAUUUGGUACCUCCACGACUACACAAGCGCCUAUAUUUGGUGCAACAAAUGCUCCCAAUACCCAAUCAUCUGUAUUUGGAAGUACAACUCCAACUCAAAUUUUUGGUAAUAACUCUGUCACUACCCAAUCUUCUGUUUUCGGUGUUCAGUCAACUGGCUCGAUAUUUAGUAGUACGACACCUUCCGCAUUUGGUGCAGCAAGUCCUACUAGCACACAAGGAUCUAUAUUCGGAGCAGCUUCUCCGGUCUCAAGCCCUUCUUCAAUUUUUGGAGCACCCGUUACUACAGCUUCAGGAUUUGGUCAAACAACAGGUUCUAUUUUCGGUUCCUCAGGCUUCGGUGCAACUGCAACGACCACAGCUGCAUUUUCUCAACCAGCAACGUUUGGUUCAAAUUCUGGUUCAAUAUUUGGUACCCCAGCAACUUCCAACAACAGCGUUUUUGGUUCGGGAAGCAAUUCGUUUGGUGUUACAAGUACUUCGAAUAGUGUUUUCGGUUCUUCACCAGCGCCAUCGUUUAGUUUCGCUUCAGCUGCUAAUAAUGCUGGUUCAUUAGGGUUUGGAAACCUGAAUGUUGGAAGUACAUCCGGUAGUAGUAUUUUUGGAGCAGGUCCAACCUUUAAUCAACCAAAUGCAAACCCAUUUGCUAGCUCUACCAACAUAGAAACUCCUUCUACAACUGGAUCUAUAUUUGGUAGUGGUAGUUCUAGUACAUUUGGUAGUAGUUCUCAAAGUAUAUUUGCAACAAAUACAUUCGGCUCUCCUGGAGGAUUUGGCCAACAGUCCAAUUUUGGACAAAGCAGCUUUGGUCAACAAUCAUUCGGUUCACCACAAGCUGGACCUUUUAGUGGAGGUGGUGUAGGUGUAGGACAGACCGGUUUUGGAUCUCCAGGAGGCUUUCAAAAGCAACAAGGAGGCUUUGGAGGAGCACCGGUGUUUGGAGGAUCGCCACAACCUGCAUUUGGAAGUAGUCCCAGUUUCACAGCCGCUCCCGCUUUUGGAGGUGCACCAACAUUUGGAAGCCCCGCUAAAGUUUUUGGAGCUAAUACACCACCAGCUAACUUUGGAAAUGCUGGCGCUGCCAGUCCCGGUUUUGGAAAUUUAGCCAACCAAAAUACAGUUGGAUUUGGAAGCUUGGCUCAACAAGCGUCUUCAUCAACUUCCACACCUUUCUCGGGGAGUUCAUCAUUUUCCAGUUGGAGAUAAACGUUAAAUAAGAAUAUAAUAUUAUUAAGUAAGGUUUAAAUAAAAUGCGUGUGUAUAACUUUUAUUAAACAUGUUUAUUCUU